AUGGAUAGUUCAAAUGUGACAAACAAUAACACUUUUGAAAAUGGCACAUCGAAACCUGAUUUGUUCUGCUCAUCCGCAAGUCCUAACACGGACUUAAGUAAAGCCUUGAAGACGAUUUCUUUCUGCUUUAUUAUCCUUGCAUCUCUCUUUGGGAAUACUUUGGUUAUAUUGGUGGUGUACAAGAAAAAACGAAUGAGGACAACAACCAAUAUCAUUAUAGUAAACAUGGCUGUUAGUGACAUGAUCUUUGCAGUCUUCACUACUCCUCCGUCCAUCCGAACAAUUUACGUUGGAGAUUAUUUGUUGGUUCGUGGGAUAACAGCUGACCUGAUUUGCAAGCUUGUCACCUUCAUCCAGCAAGCCUCUCUAGCGGUUUCCAUAUUAUCUCUUACCGCUAUCGCCUUUGAUCGUUUCUUCGCCAUCCUAUUUCCGUUUCGAAAAAUCAUCAACCGCCGGACAACAAAAGUCCUCGUCGCUCUUACGUGGCUGGUAGGUGCCGUGUUCACAGCUCCUAUUCUUUAUACCAACAGGACUGUCGUGGACGACGGAAGCAACAAAGUUACAUGUCAGGAAGUCUGGGAGCCUCUUUUCAACAGCAGCAAAGCUAGGAGUGAUUACACUUUCGUCCAUUUUGGCUUCCUCUACGCGGGACCACUCACAGUUAUAGGAGUACUUUACACGGCAAUCGUUCUUGAGUUAUGGCGAGGGAAUUCGGUCAAAUUUCGUGCCAAGGCCAACUAUCAAGAAGUCGAGAAAUCAAACAAGAAAGUGCUAAAAAUGCUUGUCACGGUAAUUGUAGUUUUCGCACUUUUUUGGCUCCCGGUAUACAUAUUUCAAUUCCUAGUUUACACUGGUAAUAGGACUUGUACCGUUGAUGGGGUGAUUCUGUUUAUUGGAUAUUUUCUGUGCCAAGCCACAAGCGCUGUAAAUCCGUUCAUCUACGCAAUCUAUAGCGAGAAUUAUCGUAGUGGGUUCAAAGCUGUCUUACGCAACCUGGUUUAUUGUCAAGGUAGACAGCUCUUUCGCAGAGAAUCAUCAAGAGGAGAAAGUUUAAGUGUCCGGCGUGAAAAAAAGGUAGAGUUGUACUUUCUGUAAUACAUAUGACUGAAUAAUUGUUUAGUAGCCGAGGAGUCUUUCUCGAAAACAGGUUUUCCUCUCCGCGUAAUUAAUUUUCCUUAAAAGCUGUCAGACUGUACUGACAUAAGUGAACCAAAUAAUUAUUCUGUUUACCAUAAUAUGCAGGCCUUUCUUAUACGUUAUAGACGUUUGCGAUGACUUCGUUUCCUUUUACUGGAGUGAUUCUCUUUCACAUGCACUAGAGUUAACUGGUCGAAGCCUCUUUCAACAUUGAUGUAAGCCGGCUGUAAAUAGCACAUUAGCACAUUCGUUUGAUUGAAUAUAAAAUUAUAUUCCAAUUGC